AUGGAGGUCGUCGCUGAAGAUGUUACGCAUUGGAAGGCAUCCUCGUUUUCUCCGUUGAGUACACUUCGACGGGAAGGUCUUACUCCUCCUUCAACUCCACCCCACUCUUGGUGGCAAACCGCGAGGUCGGUGCCUGCCAGGCCACCAUCUGCUGCGAGCGUCGAGUGGUUCGAUGGUGAGGCUGCCCGGCCACCGUCUCGGAGUAUCGUGCGGUACUCUACACAACGCGUUUAUGGCAGUGAAGGUGGACUUUGCGGUAGCUUGCUCGGAGGACCCAGGGAGUCUUGUGCGAGCGCAGUCGUCGGUGCCACGAAGGAGAGAAACCUAUGGGCAGAGCCAAAGCGGGCCGCAAAGGCAAUGCUGGGCACGAAGCGCUUUGUGCCCAUCCGACUUCAUGGAAGAAUGGACCCAGCGUCGCGCGAUGGCUACCGCCUGGUGCCGAACACCGAUGCGCCGGUGGAACGCCCAACGAACGGCCCGGGCAAUCCAGGCGAGCGGGCGGCCCGAUCGCAGCAACCGACAGGCCCACGGUUGGACUUUGCUCUUGAGGAUCCGGGGAAGCAAUGGAUUGCGGAGAAAGCUUUGCGAGUGAUGAGACACGACUCUGCAGGUUUUGCCACGGUGGAUGCCACCUCUGUCUAUGGUGCGGCACUCGCUCUUCCGCAGCUGGCAAGAAGUGCCGGAUGGACUAUCUCGUACACUGGCCUAGCCUUGCGCGGUUUGCUCUUCAUGAUCAUGAACAACCUCCUGCAAGGCUUUCUCCUGUACAUGAUUAGCAAGGAAGAGAGAAUUAUCAACAAAUUCGGAAGUCAAAUGUUCCUUUGCGAUUUUGCUGCGCAUCACCAGAACUGCCCUCAUGGAUCGAACUGCGUGGGACCAGGAGGAACGGUAAUCACUCCGUCGCGGCUCUACGACUUCGACCUCUGGUCGACAAGGACCUUCGUCAGGGACUCCUUCAAGCUUCUUUUUCCAGAGAAGGAGCAGGAGAUCAUGGACAAAAUUGAUCCAGGAGAAUAUGGGGUGGAGUCCUACUACUUGCGGACGGUGUGUUGCUUUCUUUUCGUCCUGGGUCUGUGGCACGACCUCGCCGGCUCCUGGGAUAUGCUGGACCUGCUCUGGUGCGUCCCUGCAGACUCCGAGAGGUGGAUCGUGCCCACAGCAGGGCAGAAGCCGCAGGAAGAAGAAAUCGGUGUCAGCCAAGCUUACACCGAUGCUGCUCUCCAUGAGAUGAUUGAGUUGGACUUUGUUCAGUUUCGUGUGGCCGGCAUGCCGCUGCACUGGAAGCUCUUCAAUUUGUUCUGCUUGUUGUGCCCCAAGAUCUAUCUUUGGCUGCUAACCGUCGACAUCGGGAUCGUGUUCCUGAUGGAGACGUCCGAAAUUGAAGAUAUGAUCAUCAACUGCGUUGCUCUGGGAUUUAUUUUGCAAAUCGCAGCCAUGCAGCAUCUGGUGAUGUUCCACAGACAGGAUGUGGCAGUGGUUCAGUUCUACACUUCCGUGCUAGCCGCGGUUGAACUUGAUUUCACGGAUGAGGAUGCCGGAGAUGGUAUUUCUGCACCGGUAGAACCCUCCAACGAUGGUCUGGCUACCGAUGCAGCGCCUGCGAUGCCGAUUCGUCCCGAUCCUCAUUCGCAUCGCUCUCCAGACUCUUCGGUGUUCUUCUACAGUGCGUGUGUCGCACGGCCUGUUGAUCGAAAGGAACGUGCCGCUAAUCCCAAGGCCAAGGCCGCUCUUGAUAAGGAGUGGAAUAAACUCAUCAACCAGGGCUGCUGGGAUUACGCCUCAGAGAUCCCACAAGCCUCAAUCUGGCAACGACUCGAACAGCUUACUUGCAAUACUGGUUUCGAUCAGAAAUUGCAUCAGCUGAUUGACUCGUUCCUCCUCACUACUCAUCCGCUUGCGGACAAGCAGAGGAGACAAUACCCUCGCGAGAUCAUGGAUUUCAUCGACCGAUAUAGGGUGAUGUCCGCUCUCGCCUUUUCCCGAGUGGCAACGUUGUCUGGCGAUGCCGCAGGUGCCCGCGAGAAAAUGGACCUUGCGAUGUCGCUGGCACGCCACUGUAUGCACUUCCAAGCGCAGAGUUUCAAGGGAACUCGUGAGACGAUGAGCAACGAUACGUUCCGUCUCAUGGGACCGAUACAAGCAUCAAGCAAUGACCUCACCAAGCUGCCGCCCAUCGAGAUUUCCAGGGAUGCAGUUAAUCACGCUGAGGCUGUGAAGUUCUUUAAGGGAUUUCUGCAGCUACGGCCGACGCUGUCCUUCCUCCCUGGCUCAUUCCUGGCGAUCAAAGCCCUUAACCGAUUCCCCACGCUUGACUCUCUGAAGGAGCAGGCGACUCACCUUGAAGGUGAGCGUAAGGAACACGGCUACGAUCUCCCUGCCGUGGAUGCGAGCGGGAUCGGGGAAGUGGCUGCCUUCCGUCACGAGAUCGAUGACGAGAACGCCCCACUGAUGAACGGGUGGAUCUCGUUCAUGAAGGCGUUAGUUGAGACCUAUCCCGGACGAUGCGUCAGCAUCGACGAUACGCUCAACUGGAGCGCUAGCACCCCGAUGACCUAUGAGGAUGGUGCUUCGCAGGUCGUUAUCCACCCGACUGACGGAUGGGUCUAUGUCCCCGCGAUCAACUCGGACAUUUAUGAUCCCCAGGAGACGUAUCUCCACGGAUCGAAUCUCCGAUACCUCUGGUCGAUUCUUGCACACGGAGGCUUGUUCGGUGAAGAUUAUGUGACGGACGACCACGGAAGUCACGAGCCCUGCGUUUGGGUUACCGGUGCCGCUGCCGAGGCCGCCAGCAGCUACGCAUCCGGCGUGUACCUCGGCGGAGGAUACUGGUUUCAAGUGAUGAUCUGCGUCUCCCGAACUAUGGUGAACAACCACAGCCGUACGACAAAGAAGCUGGGGGGAUCCCAGAAGCAGAUCCGCGUUGGAACUAGGUUUCUCGAGCUGUGCGGGAUCGCGUUCAGGCCCUUCCGACUUCUGGAUGACCGUGAGCAAGGGGUCUCGACCUCGCCACAAUACGUUGUCCACGGACACCGAUUUCUCAGUGCCGAUGGGACGAAAGCCGUGGCAUGGCACCCUUGGAUGGAGGCGAGCCCAAUCGAUCCACGCAAUCUGAAAUUGCUGGGAAACGUCGUUGCCAAGGAUGAGGUUGAGUUUGCCGACCUUUCGAUUCAAGGAGGCAGUACUACCCAACAGGCUGACUCUAACGAGACAGAGCAGACUGGACCCGCCGGGGCUGAUGAUCAAGCUACGGCAGGAAGUGAUGCAACGACGGAGAGAAUCACUGUCAAUGUGGCAGUGCUCCGACGCAACCACUGGAUGCCUGACUCCUACGGAACAAGCGAGCACGCUAACGAGGGCCGCAUCCGUCCUCUUUUUGAGGCCUUCAGGAAGGUGCUCCACACCUUCAGGUCCAAGCAGCUGUGCUUCACAGCUUGA